UGAGCUAACACAGGGAGAUAUAAAUACCAAAGAAGGCCUUGGGCUCUCUUCCAUCUGAUGCAGGAACUGUUGGACCAAAGCACUGAAAAAAACUACGGCUACAGAAACUGUGGGGAGUCACUCACUGUGCAAGAAGCAGGGUGGCCUUUUCUUCCUUCUUCAUUCUUACUGCUUAGCAAGCAAGAGAAGGAGAACCUGAGAUGGAAAGGAAAUAGGAUUUACUCAAGGCCACACUAUAGUGCCUCAUGGGAGAGGAACCUGAUUUCUUCAUAUCCAUUUCUACUUUGUGGUCUGGACCCCAUGGCAGCCAACCUGUAUGCCUUUUAACGAAUCCCAGUCUCCUGUGACAGCAAAAGGUGACAACUGCAUCAUGGAGCUUCCUCGCUGUGGUACAUCAUGGGAAAUGCUGCGUGUACAUGAAUGAUCAAAGUGAAAUCCGAAAGUGGAGCAGAGCAGAGCAGAGGAGCUGACUUUGACAGCCAGCCACCUGGGGCAUCUACUUCUAUUCAAAGGAUUAUGGGAUUGACUUGUUAAAUGUCCACAGUUUAAGAGGCCAGGUGAUGCACUGCAAAUGUGUCAAGUACAGGGGACAAGCUGCAGUUUUGCUCCCCCAGCAAACCUGAAUCCACGUGCGAUGAACAGGGAGAUGGCAAUACCCCACGUGAACUGAACAAAGACAAAAUGUCCUGAUCACCCUGUAAUCAGAAGGGAUGUUCAGAUACUUACGGAAACGCUUUACCACGCACAUGACAGAAUGCAGCAGACGGAGAACCAGGCUGGUAUCUAAAGAUGGAAGAUGUAAUAUAGAGUUUGGGAAUGUGGAAGAACAGUCAAGGUUUGUCUUCUUGCUUGACAUAUGGACCACCAUCCUGGACCUUAGAUGGAGAUACAAAAUGUUCAUCUUUAUCUCAGCAUUCUUAGGCAGCUGGUUCCUGUUUGGUCUCCUUUGGUACGUUGUGGCAUAUAUACACCGAGAUCUUCCAGAAUUUAAUCCUUCUGUCAACCAUACCCCAUGUGUCGACAACAUAAAUGGCCUGACCUCCGCUUUCCUUUUCUCCUUGGAGACCCAAGUAACCAUUGGAUAUGGCUACAGGUGCGUCACAGAGCAGUGUGCUACUGCUAUUUUCCUGCUGAUUUUCCAAUCCAUCCUAGGUGUGAUCAUCAAUUCUUUCAUGUGUGGUGCUAUCUUGGCCAAAAUUUCCAGGUCCAAGAAACGGGCCAAGACUAUCACCUUCAGCAAGUAUGCUGUGAUCAGCAAACGGGGUGGAAAGCUGUGUCUCCUCAUCCGGGUGGCCAACCUCAGGAAGAGCUUGCUGAUUGGGAGCCACAUCUAUGGAAAGCUGCUGAAGACCACCAUCACACCGGAAGGAGAGACUAUCAUCUUGGACCAGGUCAACGUAGACUUUGUGGUAGAUGCAGGCAAUGAGAACCUCUUCUUCAUCUCUCCCUUGACUAUUUACCAUGUCAUUGAUAAGACCAGCCCAUUCUUCCACAUGACAGCAGAAACCCUCCUCCAGCAGGAGUUUGAGCUGGUGGUGUUUUUGGAUGGCACUGUAGAAGCCACUAGUGCUACCUGUCAGGUCAGGACAUCUUACAUCCCAGAGGAGGUACUCUGGGGCUACCGCUUUGCUCCCAUUGUAUCCAAAACCAAGGAAGGGAAGUACAGAGUGGACUUCCAAAACUUCAGCAAAACUGUGGCUGUAGAGACUCCUCACUGCGCUUUUUGUCUGUACAAUGAGAAAGAAGCCAAAGCCAUAGCAAAGAAAGGUUACAACAAUCCCGGCUUCAUCUUGUCAGAAGUCAAUGAAAUCACUGACACAAAAAUGUAACCUCGGAUGCUCAUGGGAUGAGGGAAUUUUUAACAUAAUACAAACUCAGUACUAAAAAUAACCAAGCCGUACAGAAUAAAAAAUGAACAUGGCUGUUUUUAUACUAAAAUAGCACCUAUUUUCUUAAAGGCAUUAAAUCAAAGCAGAUCGGCAUACCAGCGAUCUCAGGGGCACUAUUUAACUGAACUAUAUAUAUAAAUAUAUAUAUAUUCAUAGAACAUAUAUUUUUAUACCUGCAAGACUUCCAGUAAAGCUGCUAAACUGGAAUGUUCAACUCUUGUUUAAGUUCGCAGAGUCACACAAGUCAAAAGGAUGUCUAAUCUGCCUAAAAAUGAAAAUAUACAAAGAACUUCAGAUGUGCUGAAGAGUAACAGCUGUUGGGAUGAAAGUGUGGAAAGGAGACACAGAGGGUAAAAUUUUCAAAAAUACCCAGGAGACUUGCAAGCCAAAGUCCCACUGACUUCUAGUGGAACUUGCAUCCCUAAAUGCAGAACUCCCUACUGAACUUGAGACUUUGCCUGAUAAGUUGCUUAGGCAAUUUUGAAAAUCCUUCACCAGCAUCUUUUUCUUUGCAUCUUAGACCCUUGUUAGAUUAGUGAAGUACUAAUGGGAGAUCUCUUUCUGGAUAGCUGGAGGCAAAGGCAAAGCCUGAGUUAUGAUGAUGUAUUUAUAGCAGGUUGGAAAACAGAAUCUCUCUCAUUGUAAACAUUUUUCAUUUUGAUGGAAAGGAAAUCAUCCAAAAUACAGAUGAAAAGUCAAAACUUGGUAUUUUCUCAGGUGGAAAAAUUUAGGCCCGCAUACUAUUUCCUGGGGAAUACAGAGGCUCCUACAGAUGUGCAGAGAGCCUGCUCCAGGGCACUGGAAAUCCAUGGAAAUUGAUGUGCUCUGGCAGCCUUCCACGCCACAUGUAUCAGCGUCCCCAUGCGUCCCUGCACUAGAAAAAUGGUGGUGGAGCACUUUGAAAUAAAACACGUUGGGUGAGCUUUAGUUCAAAGUGCCCUGCCGCCAUUUUUUCAGUGCAGGGAUGCUGAUACACGUGACACGCAGGUACUUUAAAUUAGCAAGGCUCACUAAUCAAAGCUCCCGGUGCCAUGUCCCAGAACACAUGUAAAAAUGCCUCAGGAAUUACCACGUUAACUGCUCUGUGUUAGCUUAGCGCCUCUGGGGUAGAUGCUAAGCCUUGCUUAGGGCUAAGCUACUGCAGUUUUACUUUCAUCUACUGUUGGGUAGGAAUAUACACAGGGACAGUUCCAGUGGCAUAACUAUGGCAGAGCAAUCACCCCAGGUGCCAACUUGUGGUGGGAAGGGAGAGGGUGAAAAAAGAAACAGCUGCUCUUGGCAGGUAUGCAAUUAGAACCACAUUGGCAGCAUAGAGGCAACCAGAAGUCAUUGCUGUCCCAGUUCCCGAGUGCCCAGGCAUGUCACUACACUGCUGACAGCUACCACUGGGCAGCUGACAUGGGUAUGUGCAUGCUCACCCCCUUUUGUGUUGGGAUAGUAUAUCAGCUGUCCACACCCUCAGUUCUUCACCUGGAAAUGGGGAAACAGCACUUACUACCUAGCAAGAAUGCUGUAAGGAACAAUUAGUUAAGGCUUGUAAAGCACUUUAAAGGUGACACAGUCCCAAGCAUGAA